AAUCUGAGUCUCAUUCUCAUGGAUUCAGGGCCCCAUAAAGUGAAACCGUACAUCUGGAACCAAAGUAAUGCACAUUCCGAGAGGAAGGUGUGUUUUAUGUUGUGGUGCAUGCGUGUUAUGUUAUGGAGUGUCCACAUGGUUGAGUGGGUGGGCCAGAGUUGGUUGUAUAAACCCAACCCUCCACUCUUCCACAUCUGCCUUUUACUUUUCUUCUCUGUCAUAUCUUUGUUCAUUCGCUCUGAGUGCAAACGGUCAUCAGCGUGCAGCCAGGAACAAGAGGAGACACGUGUAAGGGAGAGGGACUGGAUUUAUCCAAGGCGGACUUAACACGGACAAAGCUGUGCCAUCUCUGCAGUUGACACCAUGUGGAGUGACUUUAUACCAAAGUGAGAGGAGCAUACCAACUGACCUGAGUGCACCCAGAGAGGUUGAGGUGGAUGAGAUUGUGGCAGCCCUUGCCUGUGUUCAGCAUAAACAGCAGCUGGGUUCCAUCAACAAUAACACUGUUCACCUUUGACCAGUUGCUUCUGUUUCAAGCCUGUUUUUUGUAAGGCUUUUGCCCAAACUCCUGCUUUGGCUCCAGUUCCUCUUAGUGAAAAAACAAUCCCUGCAGGGCUCAAGAUGCGUAUGAUAUCCUCAUUCCUCUUCGCCUCCAUGCUCCUUCUCUUGGUCCCGUCCACAGAGAUGAAAAGACCAGGGAAGGGCAGAGGCCUCAGAGGAGCAAGACACAAACUUACAAGGGACAGGGUCAGGGGUGUGGGGCGUCACAGCAGAUCAGGCCCCUCCAGGCUUGUGGCACCUGACUGCUCAGAGUUGAAGGAAUCUGGAGACGUCUUUGUAGACUGUCAGGACAGACGCCUCAACUCCAUUCCCCCCUCACAGACAUGGUCCAAGCAACCCAAGCACCUCCUCCUAGCCCGCAACCAGAUCAAAGUCCUGCGUGAUGGGACCUUCAUUGGAUAUGAGAGUUUAACCAGUUUGGACCUCCAGCAGAACCAAAUCUCUUUAGUGGAAGAAGGGGCCUUCCAGGGCCUGACACAUCUCACAAGCCUGCUGCUGCAGCACAACCGCCUGGGAACACUUAGCGAGGAGGCCCUCAUCCCCAUGCGUAGCCUUGUCUACCUACGUCUAUAUGAUAAUCCCUGGCACUGCGUCUGUGAAAUGGAAAGCCUCAUAAGCACCCUUCAGGUCCCGAGUAACCGUAAACUAGGAAAUUAUGCCAGGUGUGCAGAGCCAAUCCGGCUAAGAGGUAUGAAGUUGAAACAGGUGGACACUGAGUUACUCUGUAAGGAAAUCGACCCAGCCGGCGACCCACAGGGAGACCAAACAGAUCCCACAUUUUCUCUCGAGCCUGUUCCAAUUCGCACCAAACCAGAUGCCACCACAACUUGCCACACCUACCUUUUCCCCCAAAUACGGAUGGACUGCAGUAAGCGAGGUCUAACUGAGGUGCCCGCAGGUAUUCCAGAGGAAGUGGUUCAUAUUGAUCUGUCCUAUAAUUCAAUCACUCUUCUGAGAGCCAGAGAUUUCCAAGGAGCGAAGAGCCUCAGAACCCUAAACAUCAGUAAUAACAAUAUGGAGCACAUUGACACAGGUUCCCUGGCUGGGCUCCUGCACCUCCAUGAGCUGGAUCUGUCGAACAACAGACUGCAAUUUGUACAGUACGGGGUUCUCGAAGACCUUUACUUUCUGUCUAAACUAAAACUGGGAGGAAACCCCUGGGCGUGCGACUAUAGCAUCCACUACAUGGUGUACUGGUUGCGUUUGCACCCAGGGGUGAGGCACUCGGGCCUGCUGUGUCACUCCCCCCUUGAACAUAAUGGGGAGCGUGUGGAGGAGUAUGUGCAUUCCUAUCACAGAGUGUGCCCAAAGGACAGACAGCCCAGCAACGCAGAUCAAGACCAAACAGACCCAGAGCUAUGGAACACACCGAUGGAAUUGCAGGGAGAGCUGGAGGAGGAGCUGGAGCCGAGCCACUUGAGAGCACCACAAAAAUACCAGAUCAUCAGGCUGUCCUGAUUGAAAAUUUUACUUAAAAACGGUUCUUUGCUAUGCCUUCUUUUAAUGUUAUGAAACUGUCUGUAUCAGAUGGAGAAGCGACAUUUUUCAAUGAUGCUUUUAUGUUUUGCCAGUUUUGUCUUUCAAUCAAAAUACAAGAAUUCUAAUUUUUCUUUU